AUGAAGUUCACAAAGACCUUCGCAGUUCUUGCAACCCUCCUCCCUCUAGUCCUCACAGUCUCCUUGCCUUCUACAGAUCCGACCGAAAGCCAGUCCGAUGGCAGUCUUCGGCUUCCUACUAUCAGCGAUGAACAUGGUGACCAUUCCUUCAAGUUGACUGGAACCUUUGAUCAUGUCAUGGCCGAACUCAAGGAGCACUAUCCCGAGGUUCACCUUCCUACGCCCGACGCCGACAAGCCCGCUCUCCUAGAAUGCGGUAACGCUCUCCCUCCUCUCUGCGUUCCAGUGGCAGGCUGGAAUUGGGGCAACGCAUAUGUCGGUGGCCUCAACAGCUUCACUACAUUAUUGAAUAUCGAGAAUUAUGUCAUGAGGAUUCCUCCAGAAUGCCAAGUAAUCUGGUGCAACGAUCAUGCUUCAGUUUGGAUUUGCAAUAACUCCUUUUGCUUUGCGGGCGGUCAAGUUUUCGACAAUCAAGACAACUGGAAUCUGAUUGUUAAGGGAUCUGCGGAUACAAAUGCUGGUGGCAUGGGCUGCCCGCCCCCAGGCCGCGUCAAGAAGCGUUCCCUUGAGAUUGAUGGUUCCUCCACUUAG